AUGGCGGUUGGUCCAGAGAAGUUGAUUGGUAUAGUGGGUGGUCGGGGUGGAUUAUCAGCGAACGACCUGGAGGCUAAUCUAGCCCAUUUAUCCCUUCGUGCGGUUCAGCCUGUCGAUGUAGAAGUCCGGGAUCUGGUCGUCCGCAUUGAUACAACCCCGCCGAUAUUUCAAAGUUCCCCACGAUCUCUCUGGAACCGCAUCCGAUGCACGACGGACAGCCCUAUCAGAUAUGCCGCAGGUAGUUUGACGGCGAUAAUCGGCGGCAGUGGCUCGGGGAAAACCAGUCUGUUAAAUGCCAUAUCUGGUCGCUUGAAUGCAAGUCGUGUCAAGACGUCUGGCUCGACGACUUUCAAUGGUAGUGCGGAUAUAAACUCCAUUCGCAGCGCGUAUGUCAUGCAACAAGACAUACUUAUACCGACCCUGACUGUGCGGGAGACUCUCCAAUACUCAGCCGAUUUGAGGCUUCCCCCCCCGACUACCCUAGAGGAACGACGAAGUGUUGUCGAACAAGUCAUUCUGGAACUGGGCCUGAAAGAAUGUGCAGAUACCCGGGUUGGAAAUUCUGCUCAUAAGGGAUGUAGUGGAGGAGAGAAGAGGCGCACAAGCAUCGGUGUUCAAAUGCUUGCGAAUCCUUCUGUCCUCUUCUGUGAUGAGCCGACAACGGGGCUGGAUGCUACAAGCGCCUUUCAGAUCAUCAGGACACUAAAAGGACUCACUCAGGAUGGAAGGACAGUUAUAAUAUCCAUCCACGCUCCUCGAUCUGAGAUAUGGGGUCUCUUUGACCGUGUGCUGCUGUUAUCACGGGGUUCAGUCCUUUAUAGUGGAGCCGCAGACGCCGCCAUUCUUCAUUUUGCGGAAUUUGGCCAUCAUCUUCCUGCUUUUGUCAACCCAGCAGAGUUUCUAAUCGAUUUGGCAGCGUAUGACAAUCGAUCGGAAGAAGCAGAACUAACAUCAUCUGUUCGCAUUGAAGCAUUAAAAGAUGCUUGGAAGGAAAAGGCUAUUACAGUGGCGGUCGAUGAUAAAUCUGAUCUGCAGGUUCCCGUUGAUCGACGUGUGUUCAACAUCCUGCCAUCAAAGAAUGUUGAUUUUCGUCGACGGUUUCGAGUGCUGACGGCACGGACCUUUAAAGUAACGAUAAGAGACCCCAUGGGAGUUGCCGGGAGUUUCUUCGAAGCCAUUGGUAUGUCUGUCAUCACCGGCUGGAUUUUCCUUCGAUUGGAUCUGAGUCUGGCAGGAAUACGGUCCCGACAAGGCAGCCUUUAUAUUGCCAGUAGUUUAAACGGCUAUUUGAUUCUGUUAUAUGAGACUUUUCGGCUCACCACCGACAUCCAAGUUUUCGAUCGAGAGCGAAUUGAAGGUGUGGUAGGUGUUCCGUCGUUUUUAUUAAGCCGGCGUGCAGCACGGUUCUUCCUUGAGGAUCUACCAGUGCCCAUGUUGUUCUCGGUAAUAUUUUAUUUUAUGGUUGGAUAUCGUCUUCAACCUGCUGAGUUUUUCAUGUUUCUAGCACUCAAUAUCCUUACCCAAUAUACUGCCGUCACAUUUGCCACUAUAUGUAUAGGAAUCUCGAGGCAUUUUCCUGGCGCUAGUCUGGUAGUGAACCUGUCAUUCACGCUCCAGUCUAUAGCCUGCGGCUAUUUCGUACAGUCAAAUCAGAUCCCCGUUUAUGUGAGAUGGCUGAAAUGGAUCACAUAUUCGUUCUACACUUUUGGAGCUUUAUGCACCAACGAAUUUAUCGGAUCUCAUGGCCCAGCCUGGGGCCAAUUUUAUGACUGUCCAUAUUCAGAUGAUCCUACCGAUCCCCGUUGCAAGGAAUAUACGGGAAGAUAUAUCAUUGAGAGCCUUGGAUUACCACCAAAUUGGCUCUGGCGCCCAACCCUGAUAUUAUUUUCCUUCCUAAUGUUUUUCUACAUUGCUGCAGGGUUGAUCCUUCAGUUCAGAAAAGCUGAUAUGGACGUGGUCCAGGCGAUAAAUAAGGAUGGAGAUCUCUCCGCUGGAAAGGAGAAAUUGGUUCCUCGCCCCCCGGAAGGCGCCCGAAAAGUCUCUAUUCGCCUAAACAAAUAUGAAUUAGAGAUCCAGAAUAGAUCUCUGGGGAGGCGAGGGUUCGCGUCUUCCCGAUUAAGCAUAUUGAAACCAAUAUCAACUGAAUUCCACCCCGGACAACUCAACAUCAUCAUGGGGCCAUCUGGAAGUGGGAAAACUUCGCUGCUUUGUUCGCUUGCUGGGAGACUAAAAGGCUCUUUUGGAAUUCGAUACCGUAUUGGCGGUGAGAUGUUUUAUAAUGGCGCGGCGCCUUCUGAAAACGUAAUCAGGUCGGUCACUUCGUUUGUGACUCAAGACGAUGAUGCUCUGAUGCCGUCUUUAACAGUACGGGAGAGCCUCCAAUUUGCUGCUGGCUUGCGCCUACCUUCGUGGAUGUCAAAGGAAGAAAAAAACCGGCGUGCGGAAGAAAUUCUUCUGAAAAUGGGCCUAAAGGACUGCGCAAACAGUUUAAUUGGCAGCGACCUUAUCAAGGGUAUUAGCGGCGGGGAGAAACGGAGAGUUACCAUUGCGAUACAGAUCUUAACGGACCCGAAGAUUUUGCUCCUGGACGAACCGACAUCUGGUCUAGAUGCUUUCACGGCCACCUCUAUUAUCGAGGUUUUGCAAGGUCUGGCAGCCGAGGGGAGGACUCUUAUUCUUACGAUACACCAAUCCAGAUCAGAUAUUUUCCGUUACUUCCACAACAUUUUGCUCCUGUCUAGGGGUGGCCACCCCGUCUACGCAGGAAAGGGGACUGAGAUGCUAUCCUAUUUUGGGCAGCUUGGGUAUCCAUGCUCCAAAACUACAAACCCGGCCGAUUUUGUUCUGGAUUUAAUCACAGUGGACCUCCAGGAGAUAGCGCGAGAAACUGCGACCCGUUCAAGAGUGCAGUGUCUGAUCUCAAAUUGGGCAGAAAUGCCAGCGGAAUUAACUCGUCAAACAUCGACGAUUGCCACUCCUGAACAACUUGGAAGUCUUAAGAGACAAAUCAACUCCUUUCAUGUCAUUUUCCCUUUGGUCCUACGUCGAUCCCUGAUUAAUCUACGGAGACAACCCCCACUUAUCGCUGCACGGACGAUGCAAGUAGUUGGAAUGUCAAUUAUCAUAUCGUUAUUUUUUGCUCCUCUGCGAAAUGACUAUGAGGCCGUUCAGUCGAGGAUGGGUAUCCUUCAGCAGUUCGCUGCUUUGUACUUUGUUGGGAUGUUACAAAAUAUCGCUAUAUACCCUAACGAAAGAGAUGUCUUUUACCGCGAACAAGAAGAUAACUGUUACUCCAUCGAGGCAUUCAUUAUACAGUACACGAUUCUCGAAGUCCCCUUCGAAAUUGCUUCCUCACUAGUGUUUGGCGCCUUAAUGGCAUUUGCUGUUGGUAUGCAGCGGACGGUGGAGAUGUUUCUCAUCGCAGCCUUCAAUUGCUUCUGCAUUGUCAAUUGCGGCGAAUCGCUAGGAAUCAUGUUCUGCACGUUGUUCUCUCACGCUGGUUUCUCCGUCAACAUUACGUCGAUCCUUCUGUCCAUCGCCAACAUUCUCGGCGGCGUUAUGAGCCUCAACAUCCCCGCCGUUAUCCAAGCGCUUAACCACCUAUCCCCCAUCAAAUACGCGGUUGCGAACCUGGCCAGUUAUUCGAUGGCCAAUCACCAUUUCACCUGUGGUGAUUCCCAGCGCAUGCCUAGUGGCAACUGCCCUAUAGAGACAGGUGAACAGGCGCUGAAGCUAUAUAAUUUGGACAAGAACCCUGAGAUGAAUUUGAUGGCGUUGGGCAUAUGCACGAUCGUUUACCGGGUGGUUGCUUACGGGUUGCUGAAGGUAGCCAGAUCCUAUGGGUUUUGGGAGAGGGUUAAAGUGUUGUUUCUAAGGCAGUGA